UAGAAAGAUUAUAAAUAUUAGAAAACUUAGUAAUCACAAAGUACCAUUACCAUUGGCGAUUUCUGUAUGUAUGUACUUGUAUAAGUAUUCGUGAGUUAAAGAGACAAAGAUUUAGAUGGAGAGAAGAGGAAGAAGAUGCAAGGUUUGCGUAACAGGAGCCACUGGUUACGUUGGUUCUUACCUGGUGAAGAAGCUUCUAGAGAAGGGUUACACCGUGCACGCCACUCUCAGAGAUAUCAAGAAUGAAUCCAAGGUGGGGAUUCUCAAGAACAUUCCAGAUUCCCAAGGGAAACUUUUCUUGUUCGAAGCUGAUAUUUACAACCCCGCUGACUUUGACCCUGCCAUUCAGGGAUGCGAGUUCGUCUUCCACGUGGCUACUCCCAUGAACCAUGAACCCGGUUCUUCUCAGUACAAGAACACGGUUGAAGCAGCACUUGCAGGCUCCAAAACCAUCUUCAUGUCUUGUCUCAGAUCAGGGACUGUGAAGCGCUUAAUCUACACAGCUUCUGUUGUCUCUUCUUCUCCCUUGAAGGAAGAUGGAACUGCUUUCAAGGAUUUCAUCGACGAAACUUGCUGGACCCCUCUCAAUGAUUCUUUAUCAUAUGUCUACCAUGACCAUUUUCUUAAGGACUACACUUAUUCAAAGACACUAUCAGAGAAAGAAAUGUUGAGCUACAAUAACAAUGAAAACGGUUGUGGUGAAUUAGAGGUGGUAACAAUUCCAUGUGGUCUUAUUGGUGGGGACACCAUUCAAUCCUUUGCAUCUGGUAGCAUUGCACUUUGUCUUUCACUGAUCACAGGAAAUUCAGAGACCUACAAAACACUCAAGUUUUUAGAAUCAUUGCUGGGGAAAGUCCCUUUAGUGCAUAUUGAUGAUGUAUGUGAAGCUCACAUCUUGUGCAUGGAAAAUUCCUCAAUGAAGGGAAGAUUCUUGUGUGCAAGUUCCUAUGUUUCAAUAGCAGAGAUUGCUGGUUAUUACAUUCAACAUUAUCCUGAAUUCAAUGUCAAGCAAGAAUACUUGGAGGGGAAGAAGGUGGAUGUAAAGUGGGGUUCAACAAAGCUGUGUGAGAAGGGAUUCGUCUACAAAUAUGACACCAAAAUGAUUCUGGAUGAUACCAUUGAAUGUGGUAGAAGGAUUGGUUAUCUCUAAACCUAUCUUUGAUUUGGUACACACGUUCUAUUUUGCUGCAAACAAAAACAGUUAUUUUUUUGGUCCCGGAAAGGAAAUCAUGUUGGCCAAUGAAAAACAUCUGCAUCAAGGUGUUGAGGUUGUGUGAUGUGUCAGUUUUAUGGGGUUUUUCUAUGUUUAGCUCACAUAUAUCACUAGUCGAAAAACUUAUGUCUACGGAUAAUCAUGAUAGAGAAAGUAUAAGGAACUAAUGGACUAUCUGUACAAUGUGUACAAUAGGAGUAUAGGGAUGUUCGAUUCAGUAGGAUAUCAGAUGUUUAUUAUUCUGGUACCCGGAUGAUUAUUUUGGAUAGUAUGAGUGUAUUGUGUUUGAAAAAUUAGUAGUAUUUUAUCCUGAAUGUUCAUUUUUUAACUCAUAUUGGAUCAAAUAAAUUGGCCAUUGUACAUAUUGUACAAAUACUCCAUUGACUUCCUAACAAAA